AAACCACACACUCUCUAUCUCUCUCUUUUCUUUUAUUUCUCUCUGUAGCUUUCCAGAAAUUCUGUCUUACACUGCAUGUGUUUAUGAUGGUAGUUGAAGGAGAAAGAAGUAUGGAGGAAGGUCUUCUCAAGCUGCAGAACCAAAACGACGCUUCAGACUGUCGUAUUACUUCCUGUGUUAUACUCAGCACUUUCGUCGCCAUCUGUGGUUCCUUCUCUUUUGGUGUUGCCACUGGUUAUACUUCAGGUGCUGAGAUAGGAAUUAUGAAAGACAUGGGCCUUUCUAUCGCAGAAUUUUCAGCAUUUGGCUCAUUCUCCACGUUGGGAGCUGCAGUCGGUGCGCUGUUCAGCGGUAAAAUGGCGAUCAUGCUAGGAAGAAGAGGAACAAUGUGGGUGUCCAAUAUCCUCUGCAUCACUGGUUGGCUGUCCAUCGCUUUCGCUAAGGAUGUGUUGUGGCUGGACUUUGGAAGAAUCUCAUCAGGAAUGGGAAUCGGCUUGAUUAGCUAUGUGGUACCUGUCUACAUAGCAGAAAUUACGCCAAAACAUGUUCGAGGCACAUUUACCUUUUCAAACCAGCUUCUUCAAAACGCUGGAAUCGCCAUGGUUUAUUUUUGCGGGAAUUUCUUGAAUUGGAGGAUGAUGGCUUUACUAGGUGCUUUACCAUGCGUCAUUCAAGCAGUCGGUUUAUUUUUUGUACCAGAGUCCCCAAGAUGGCUGGCAAAAGUUGGUACGGAUAAAGAACUAGAAAACUCACUGCUUCGGCUUAGGGGGAGAGAUGCUGAUAUUUCACGUGAAGUUUCGGAGAUUCAACUUAUGACCAAAAUGAUAGAUAGUGAUUCAAAGUCAAGUUUCGGUGAUUUAAUUCAAAGAAAGUAUAGACAUACUCUUGUGGUAGGAAUAGGGCUAAUGUUGAUACAACAGUUCUCAGGAAGUGCGGCUGUAAUCUAUUAUGCAAGUACCAUUUUUAGAAAAGCUGGUUUUUCGGUGGCCAUUGGAUCGACAAUUUUAGGCCUCUUCAUGAUACCAAAAGCCAUGAUUGGUCUAAUUCUUGUAGAUAAAUGGGGCAGACGGCCCCUCUUGUUGACUUCCGCGUUUGGGAUGAGUAUAACUUGCAUGCUUCUUGGGCUCGCCUUCGCAUUACAGAAAAUGCAAUUACUUCCGGAACUUACUCCAGUAUUCACGUUUAUAUGCGUUACGCUGUAUGUUGCAACUUAUGCCAUAGGCGUGGGAGGCCUUCCUUGGGUAAUUAUGUCUGAGAUAUUUCCAAUGAAUAUAAAAGUAACAGCAGGGAGUUUAGUUACGUUAGCCUCAUGGUCAAGUAGUUCCAUCGUCACUUACGCUUUCAACUUUCUAUUCGAAUGGAGCACUCAAGGAACAUUUUACAUAUUCGGGGCAAUCGGGGGAGGAGCGUUUCUUUUUAUUUGGUUGCUCGUCCCGGAAACGAAAGGAUUAUCACUUGAAGAAAUACAAAUUUCGCUUACUGGUCAGUCAGACGAGAUAAGUCAUAUGUAGAUUGAAAUGUUUAUAUGUUAUUUAAGAUUAUUAAAUUCAAAUUAUGAUGCUAUUCUCAUCGACAAAGCGAAACUUAUCCUUUUUCAUUCUGUGAUUACUACUUAUGUUUUCCUAAUACUUAAUUAGCCAUUUUCAUGUACUUUACCAUGAUUGUAAAGACGCAUAUGUUCA